AUGACGGAUAAAUCUUCCAGCACCCUCUCUCCGCAGUCAUCCAGAAAGGAGGCAGCCCUCCAGAAGACAGCUCCAGACACUCCCCGGCCUCGGGAUCAGAUCCCUGAUUGGAAAUGGAAAGGGAGUCUCGGCGUUGUCAUGCUAACAACGGUAAUCAAUGGAUACGAUGUGAGUAACGUGGCCAACAUCCAGCCGCGACUGUACGAGGCAUUCGGUAACAUUGAGCUUCUCCCGUGGAUCGGCCUUUCUUUCAGCUUAGCCGUCUUUGCCUUAUUAUCCUUUUCUCGGAAGAUCCUGUACUGUUUCGACAUGCAAUGGAUCUAUAUUGUUAGUAUUGUUGUCUUCAUGGCCGGGGCUGCGGUGGCGGGAGCGGCCCAUAAUCUAUCCUCUGUUAUUGUGGGUCGGACAAUCAUGGGGGUGGGUGGUUCUGUGAUCUAUCAAUCCAAUCUGACCUUCGUCGCUGUGUUCGCCACUCCAGCCGAGACACCCCGUCUCUUCGGACUCCUGGGUGCAUUAUGGGCUGUAGGCCUCGUCAUCGGCGGGCCGAUCGGGUCAGCUCUGGCCACCAACAGCAGCACAACCUGGCGAUGGGCUUUUUACAUGAAUCUGCCAUGGGCUGGUCUUGGCCUCAUUAUAACCUUUAUCUGUAUGCCUAGCAAAUACCUCGGACCUGACAUUCCCGUAUGGUCUCGCCUUGCGCGAAUCGACCCUAUUGGCAUUAGCAUGAACAUGGCCGCGCCCGUUCUGUUUGCCCUGGCCUUGGAGUUCUCCGGUCCCGUCUGGGCCUGGGGCUCUGCUGCAUCUAUCGCCGUAUGGGUAGUCUUCGGCGUGGUGAUGAUCGGGUGGAUUGUCCAACAGUAUUGGUGCAUCGGCACAACUCCCGACCAACGUGCCAUUCCAGUGCACCUGCUCAGUCGCCUUGAUUUACUUCCCCUGUGGAUCGCGUCCGGAUGCGCAGGGGCAUCGUACGCCGUGACACUGUACUACACUCCGCUCUUCUUCGCCUUCGCCCGCGGCCACAGUGCUUUACAACAAACCGUCCGUCUUCUCCCAUUCGUCCUAGUCUUCAUUGCAGUAGUUAUGCUCGUUGGCGCGCUCCUGCCGGUCUUCGGCCGCUACAACAUCAUCUACAUCAUCGCAGGGACAGUGACCAUUGCCGGAGGCGCAGCGAUGGCCGCAACACUCAGCCCCAAUGUUCCAGAAUCACAGGUGCUAGGUCUAGAAGCUCUCAUUGGAGUUGGACUGGGAUGUUCAUACCAGCACGGCGUCGGCGUCUCCAACGUCAUCAACAAAGACCUGCGCAAUAAGGUGGACAGUGUGGUCUUGUUCAACCUGUCGCAGAUGGGCGGCAUUACUAUCAUUCUUUCCGUAGCCGGCUCGAUCUUCCAGAAUGUGGGAUUCAAUCUUUUGACAGAUGCCGUUGGGGGUAAUGGGUAUUCCGAAGAGGAUCUGCGAGAGGCCUUGGCUGGUGUGUCGUCUGCGGUGUGGGAAUCUGAAGAUCCGGCGGUGCUUGCGCGUGGGGUUGAGGCUGUUGCGGAUGUGCUUGCUAGGGAGUUCUAUUUGGUUGUUGCUGGUGGGGCACUUUGUUUGGCAUGCGGGUUGGCGAUGAGGUGGGAGAAGUUGGAUUAUGGGAAGGGGAAGGGGAAGGGAACGGGAUCUGAUGCUUGA